ACCAACACAAGCCAUUGAAACUCUGCACAACACUCCAACUUUACCCAUUCACAUCUAAAACUUCUCACAUUCAAAUCACAAUGGGUUGGUUCAGCUCCACAGAAAAGUCCGCUGCGGCGACUCACCCCGUCAACCUCGACGUCACAAAAGAAUACGGUUCAGCAGCCGAGCAAGACCGCUACGGCCAGCAUUUCGCCUCCUCCACCGAUGCCAUCCGCCGCGGCAUCGACAAAGGUGUCGACAAGAUCCAGAACGCAGCCAAGACCGCCGGCUCUGGUGCUGAGCAGGACCGCUACAGCGAGCACCUCAGCAUUGGCGACCGUGGCUACAAUGCCUUGAAGGCCGCUGCCAUGUACAAGGGUGAUGGCGCAGAGCAAGACCGAUACAACAGCCACUUUAGCCCAGCUCUACACAGCAUCGACGCCUUCAAGGCCAUCAAGGCAGCAGGAAGCGUUGCCGCAAACGGAGAGAAGAACGCUAGCUGGUAUGGAUUGGGAUACGAUGGUCAGCAAAGGGCUAAGCUCUUGGCUGGAGGUGGCAUGGGUGCUGAGCAGGACCGCCUAGGACAGCACUUUUCCUUGAGCAAGGACGCUGUUGCCAACGCCGCGCAGAGAGUACAAGACGGUGCAAGGGAUGUACUUCACGGAAGAUAGGAUGACGUUGUAAUAUGAUAGUUGAAUGGAAGUGGAUGAGCCUCAGAUUAUGAGGCUGAUGAUAUGUACAACACUGAGAUUGUAUCAAAACAAAAAACAUUCACGAGACAGAAUUUUCGAUUCAUGUCUUUGCAGCAGUAACAUA